AUGUCCAGCACGCAAAGCCCGCCAGGACCGCGGGGAACAGCGGGCGCCCAACACACUCGCACCUAUCAGGCCUGCAUUCCUUGUCGCCGGCGCAAGGUGCGAUGCGACCUGGGACCAGUAGACCACCCCCACGACCCGCCCUGUGUGCGCUGUCGCCGUGAGAGCAAGGAGUGCUUCUUCUCGGCCACGCGUCGCAAGAGGAAGACGGACGGCGAGGACGACUUGGACGAUGUCGACGACUACGCUGUACGCAAUGGCAGGAAGCGCCAGCGCUCAGACGACGUGCGCCCAGAGCCCACCACCAUCACGGCGACGACGACCAGCACCGCCUACAUCUCCCAGCCCUUGACUCCGGGCGGCUCGGUUGGCCGCUAUGAGCCUUUGCGCCGGCCCACCACCUCUGCGAGCCACGACCGCCAGCAGAACGACGAGGAAGACCAAAAGGUCAACAACGAGACCCUGGCUACGCUGCAGGCGGGCGAGGUGUACAGUGGACACGAUGCGCUGAACCUGCUGUUCGAGGCAGCCGGCAUGAACAGCCACCACCGCACCACUAGCACUUCGAGUCUUCAGCGGCCGACGCUGGGCAGCACGCCAGGCUCGCAGAACAAUUUUGCCAGCCCCCAGCCAAACACGUCCAACAUGCGGAGCCACUCGCGCGCCGCUCCCGAGCCAGCCGUCGAUCCCGCCCUCCACCAGCCCAUCAUUCCAGAUCCGCCGAACGAGCAGGCGUUUGCGGAUGCGGUCAGGGCCUGGACCAAGUUUCGCUUUGUGCGUGCAGGCUGGCUCACAGCAAAGGAAGCCAUUGCCUACAUCGACUAUUUCUACACCUACCUGUCCCCCCUAACGCCCAUCGUCGUGCCGGAUUACCGCGACCAUGCCUUCCACGGCAAGAUGCUGAGGGAGGAACCCAUGCUGGUCAUCACCUUGCUCACCAUCUCCGCAAGAUACUCGCAACCCAGUGGCUCCUGUGGCGUUGGUGCCACUUCGCGCUCCUAUCUGAUUCACGAGAAGCUAUGGAAGUACCUUCAAGGCAUGAUUGACCGCAUGAUUUUUGGUCAGGAGCAGUUUGGAGGUGGCUUCUGCGGUGCAGGACAGCAGCCGGGAUCCGAUGUGAACCCCUUGUCUCGCAAAGGCCUUCGAACGCUUGGCACGGUCGAGAGUUUGAUGUUGCUCACCGAGUGGCAUCCGCGCGCUCUUCACUUCCCACCUGGCGAUGACGAUGACGAGCUCGUCCUACCGGAUGACCCGUACGAAUCGGGCCCCAAGGCUGACAUGUACAAGGAAAUCGGCGAUCAGCGGAUCGAUAGCUGGCUAGAGCCAUGUUGGCGCAGUGACCGCAUGUGCUGGAUGUUACUUGGCAAUGCCAUGUCGCUGGCCUUUGAGAUUGGUGUUUUUGACGAGACGAGCGAGACCGAGUUUGAGGAAGCGAAUCAACAUCUUUCGCAUGCGACUGUGAAGGCAUAUUAUCGACGGAAGAAUCAUUUACGAGACCUGCUCAUCAUCUACGUCACACAAACGAGUGGAAGACUGGGCCUGACAUCGAUGCUUCCCAAAAUCGACGCGCGCGAUGAGAGUCUGGCCGGAGGUCCUACUCCCUUGGAACUCUAUCAGGAGCGCAUCAGCCGCAUCAAAGCCCCUCCACCACAAUUUGGUAUGCGAUCCGACGGACAACGUCUCCCCUUGGAAUCGAUUGCAACACAAGAACGUCACGCCGUUCAAGAUCUGGUGCUAGACUUCUGGCAACGCAUCGCCAAAGUCAUGGAAAUGGGAAACCUAAAACUCUUUUCCAACCGCAGGAAAACUCGAGAACUUCUCAAAACAGGAAGCUAUGAGGAAAUGCUCAAGUUCUUUCAGGGUCCCUUGCAGGAAUGGCGAACAUCGUUUGAUCGCGCACAUCAAGUUCCCGCUCAAAUUCGCCAUGUGCUCAUAAUCGAAUUUGAGUACACGCGCGUUUAUUUGAACUCGCUUGCCCUGCAAGCGGUUGUAGAACGCUGCACGCAUAAUACGCCAAUGCAGACGCAUGCCCAACCCCAUGGCGUUCCGAACAGCAACGGCAAUGCCAGAACCGCAAAUGGUACCGAUGAUGGCGGCGCAAUCCCCUUUUCCACGCUUGUAAAAUGGUACGCCAACGACCGCCAUUACAUCAACGAAGUCAUCGAUGCCUCGCGCAACGUACUCCGCGUUGUUGUUGACGGUCUCUACCCCGGUGGAUACCUGCGUCAUGCACCUGUCCGCACCUUCUUCCGCAUCGUCAGUGUGGCCAUCAUCCUACUCAAGACCUUUGCUCUCGGUGCUACCGAAGAAGACGUCGCGGUUUCCCUUGGCCUGCUGAGCGAUUCAGUGGAUGCGCUCCGGACGAGUAUCGUGGAUGAUGUACACGUGGGAAACCGCUUCGCAGACCUCGUCGAAACACUGACCCACCGGAUUCGUGCUCGCUUUGUCCGUGUCGCCGCCAACGGUUCAACUGGCAUCUCGCGUGCAGGCAGCAAAAGUCCCGGCCAAGCACCCCUUAUGCCGCCUCCCGCGUCCGUAGGAAACAACAACAAUAGUAUUAACCCCGGCUAUAUCGGCGGUGAACCGAACGGCUUCACCUCCAUCCCAGGCUCCGCGUCCCCUUCCCUAGCCACAGGCGGUCUCGCAAACGGCUCAGGUCGCGCAACUCCCCUCUGGGGCAUCAGCGUCGAGCCCUAUGAUCCAAACAGUAACUCCAUCUCCAUUAUGCCGCCACCCGGAAACUACAACUUUCCCGCCCCCUCGAAUGGCAAUCCCUCCUCAGCCUCCAACAACGGCCCCAACAACACGGGAUCGACGUGGUCACAAUGGGCGAAUCACAACAACAACAGUAACGGUGGUUGGGGCGCCGGUGGCCACGAUCAGGACUGGCUUGCACUGCCCCUGGAUCCGCUGCUCGAUCAGUGGGGCGCGGAAAUCAAUCAGACGGCUAUGGGGCCGGACGUCGGGGGGAUGGAUAUGUUGGAUAUUUUGCUCAACAUGGGGGGGCCGCCGGGGAGUACGAGUUAG